CAGCGUGUACGCAAGGCGAAAGUAGGCUUUGUCUUGGUACCCAGGACAGGUUUAGAGAAAUUGUGAACACCCGAGAACCAACCAUAACGAUCUUGUGCGUCAUUCGGAACACUUUCUUCGGUACUUUGUGGUCAUCAUGAGAUUCUGGUUGCUAUCAACAUGUGUGCUGACGGUGGUGGCUUCCUCAUUCUCUCAACAACAACCUUAUAACCGAUAUGAUAAUUUCAAUGCGGAUUCAAUCAUCCAAAACGAAAGGAUACUAUUGGCAUACUACAAGUGUGUUAUGGAGAAGGGACCAUGUACUAAGGACGGAAAGAAUUUUAAACGAGUUCUACCUGAGACGAUCCAAACAGCCUGCGGAAGGUGUUCCCAAAAGCAGAAAGCGGUUGUGAGGAAAAUGCUUCUUGGUAUACGGUCGAAGAGUGAACUUCGUUUCACCGAGUUAUUAGAAAAGUACGACCCAACCGCGACAAACAGAGACGCUCUCUACAACUUCUUAGUGACGGGGAAUUAGAAGACAUAACAAUUGUGUAAACUUUACAUUAACAAUGAACAAUGGAUCUUAAGUUGAAGUCAUUGUCUGCAUCUUACAUACCUUAUGAUUCUCGCAUACCGUCUCUGAAUCUUAAAAAUUAAAAUCAAUGGCACUACAGCAUGAGGUCUAGGCUUCAGAUGACAUGAUCAUUUGUCUUAUCGAAUAGGCAAGUAGGUGAUCACACUUCUGUGCCUGACGCACGUUCGAGCAAAUCUUAAAUGCGCACAUAGAAAAAUUGGUGCACAGCCGGGGAUCGAACUUACGACCUCAGAGAUGAGAGUCACUCGGUGACGCCACUAGGCCAACACUGUUGUUUUCUUACCUUACGUGUUAAGUAUGAUGGAAGAAAAUUGAAAUUAACGUAGUUUUAAUACUAUUUAUUUUAAGUUAACAAGUACUGUCUUCCUAGCUACCUAUACUCUAUAUAGGGACGAUAAAGUGUGUGACGUUUUAGAGAUGUAUGUACAUACAUACAUACAUACAUAUAUUAUGGACAAGGGCAAACCGAUUAAAGCCUAGUAAGGUCGAUAGGAAUUUUAGUUUACUAUAUAUGGUCUAAUUAUUAAAACAACAGUAAUGCAUUUAAAUUGUCUAGUUUGUAUUUUUAUGCCAAAUGUAUGCUCUGUUUUGAUAUUGUUAUUGUAUACGUAAUCAUCGAAAUGAGUUAACCAAAAUUGUUAUCUUCAAAAUGUGAUAAAUAAUCAUUGUUGACCCUCCGAAGACGUUCAUUUACAGCUCAAACGACUUUAACUCCUGUAUCUAAGUUGUGGGUAGACACUUGUAAAAUCGGGAUAGUUAUCGCUACGGAAGAUAAAAAAAGAGUGUGUGUACUUAUGUACACGCGUUAGAAGUUAUACUUCUUUGGCGUAUGGAAAAAAAUAACUAAAAUGCUGCAGUCAUUAACGAUAAAU